AUUAUGGGGCGUGGAAAGAUAGCCAUUAGGAGGAUUGAGAACCAGACAACAAGGCAAGUCACCUUCUCAAAGCGUCGAGCUGGGCUUUUGAAGAAGACUCAUGAACUUUCAGUGCUAUGUGAUGCUCAAAUCGGGCUCAUCAUCUUUUCCAGCACUGGAAAGUUGUGUCAGUACUGCACCGAGGGUUUGAGGAUGGAGCAACUCAUAGAGAGGUACCAGAAGAUGUCUGGAACUCGCAUUCCUGAGCACGAUAGCCGGGAACAACUAUUUGGAGAAUUGGCGAUGCUGAGGAACGAGACUCGCCGUCUUCAAUCUAACAUGCGCCGCUAUACAGGUGAAGAUACGAGCUCUAUUCCUUUCGAGGAGUUGGAUGAAGUAGAACAAGAACUUGAACGCUCGGUUAUCAAGGUCCGAGAUCGCAAGAAUGAGCUCUUGCACCAGCAGCUGGAAAAUCUUCGCAGGAAGGAGCGUAUGUUGGAGGAGGAAAACAGCAAUAUGUACCGCUGGAUUCAGGAGCAUCGUGUAGCGCUGGAAUAUCAGCACGCAGCGAUGGAAGCAAAGCCGGUGGAACCUCAGCAAGUCCUGGAUCAAUUCCCAUUCUGUGGAGAACCCAGUAGUGUGCUGCAGCUUUCAACCAUCUCUCAUCAAAUUGACCCAUACCAUCUUCAGCUUGCUCAACCCUGCCUUCAAGGUUCUAGUGUCUAG